UAUCUAGUUUUCGUUGUUGGCGGAGAGAAGUCAUUGAAAGAUGUACGGUCAUAAGCGUCCUCCUAAGCAGAGGGCUGCUGAUCAGAGGAGCUUGGCAGAAAUGUUUCAGCCAGCGAAGAGAGUAUCCCAGGAGUGUAGAGAUGCGGCCACUAGUACAAGUGUUAACUGUAUCUCGGACGACAGUCAAAGUGGGGUUGCUGCUGGUGAGGACGAUGACAGUGUGCAGACAGUAAGUGACGGAGUUGGUAAUAUGAAGUCUGGAGGUGGUAGUCAGGACGUGGUUGCGACAACUGCAGAGGUUGUUAGUGAUAGUGACCAUGGAUCAUUCUUGGAGGCUGUAGCUACAGCCAUGGAAGGGAAAGCACUCAGUGAUGAGGACAAGGUGAAAGUGAUUGCUAGGAGAAAACCAAGCGAGCAGACAAUAUUGCCUUUUAGGAUGUAUGUUGAUAAGCGCAGGAAGAGUGGCUACUCAGAGAGAUUUGUCCAGAAAAAGUGGUUUGACCAAUUUGAUUGGCUAGGAUACUAUGGCAAACGCAAGGAAGAAGGCCUCUUUUGUUUGCCCUGCGUAUUAUUUCCUACCGUUUAUCGAGAGGGAUCAUGCCGUGGUGAUAAUUUUGUUGUCCGUCUUCACAGGGAUUGGAAGAAUCUUAUUGCUGAUGCUGCUGAGCAUGAAUCUACCCAGUACCACAGAAAUGCUGCUGCCAAGUUGCUGGCAUUUCUUAGUACUGACAAGCACCCUUCUGAGAGGAUAGACCUGAUGCAGUCUCAAGCAGCUACAGAAAGGGUAUCUGCCAAUCGUUGUAUACUGUUGUCUGUUCUGAGGUGUUUAGAACUAGCUGCACGUGAAGGUGUAGCGCUGCGCGGUCACCGUGAUGACCUUACAUAUGAUCAUUCACCUCAAGGUAACUUCAUGGCGUUUGUGAAGUUUGCUAUCGAUUCUGGCGAUAUUGUCCUGAAGGAGCACCUUGAGUGUUGUUCUCGUAAUGCCACCUACAUGUCGAAAACUACCCAGAAUGACCUCAUGAAAUUGAUGGCAGAUGACAUAAUUCAGCAAAUAGUGGAUAAUGUAAAAAGUAGUCCCUUUUUUGCUGUGCUGGCAGAUGAAGUAAGAUAUGUAAGUGGGUGGGAGCAGUUGGCAGUGUCUCUUAGAUACAUGAAGGACAACAAGGCAGAAGAGAAGUUGAUUAAGUUCAUUGCUUGCAGCUUUGGGACAGGUAGUAGCAUCUGUGCUGAGAUACGGAAUGCCUUGAGGCAGCUUGGUCUUGAUGAAACACGUUGUCGAGCCCAGGCCUAUGAUGGUGCUGGUGCUAUGUCUGGCCACCUUAACGGUUGCCAGAAGAAUUUUCGAGACCAUGUACCCCGGGCACAGUACUAUCACUGCUGUAGUCACCAACUGAACUUGGCGUUGACAAAGUCUUGCUGUUGGGCUCUUCUUCAAGUACUCCCAAAACGGCAACGUACAUUAGAGCAGAGUGUUGAACAAGAAAACACCAAGCGGACAUCUGCCGGUGAAAAGCCAAUCAGAGCUCAGAAGCUAAAGCUACUGUGUGAAACUCGCUGGGUAGAACGGCAUACUGCCUUAAAAGACUUCAGAGAUAUGUACUUUGCCUUAGUCCACUGCCUCCAAGUUAUUUCAGGCCAGAUCAUUGCCACUCCAACUGCUGCCUCUAAGUACGAUGCGAAGUCUGUCACUGAGGCAAAUGGCCUCCUCCGCUCGAUAACGUCAGAUUCAUUCAUCGUAGCUCUGCACUGCUGCACAUAUCUGUUCGGUUACACAAAGUGUCUGAGUGUUCUACUGCAAGGAUCGCAAUUGGAUGUGCUGGAGGCAUAUGGUGAAAUCAACCAAGUUCUAGGUCUGUUAGAAGAGAUCAGAAGUAACAGUGAGAGAGAAUUCUCUUCAAUUUUCGCCUCUGCAUCAGCAGUUACAUCCCGUGUCUUAGACCAAGACCAAGACCAUCCACAAGUUCCUCGCUUAGCUGCACGACAGACACUACGCAGCAAUCAUCCUGCAUCAACUCCAGAGAGCUACUGGCGGAGAGCUGUCUUCAUUCCAUUCAUUGACAGCAUGAUCAGUGAACUUGGCAGUAGAUUCACUGACAUGAGCCAUGCAUCAGUGCAAGGACUGCUGCUCCUGCCAAAACACUGCCAGAGCCUCACUCCUCACCACCAGGCAGCUAUCCUGAAGGCUUAUGCUCCAGAUUUGCCUGAUGACCCAACUUUCGAGGCCGAGAUACGCCGAUGGAAGAGGAAGUGGGAGUAUGCAGGUGCUGCUACCUUACCAACCAGUGUUACAGAGACGCUGGGUGCUGUGAAUGAAGUGGCAUAUCCCAAUAUUGUCUGCAUUCUUCGCCUGUUGUUGAUAAUACCCGUCACCACAGCCACAGUUGAAAGAGCGAACUCUGCACUAAAGCUGAUCAAAACAGACCUGCGGAGCACGAUGGCACAAGACAGGCUAAAUGCGCUAGUGCUCAUGUUUGUCCACAAGGACUUGUCUGUCAACCAUGAGCGUGUGAUAGACUCUUUUUGCGAAGGCAUAUCCGAGACGCUUGCUGUUCCUGGAUCCAACUGCUACAACAGAAGAAGCACAAUCACAGUGACGGUUCCAAUCCAUUACACACGACCACAUCCAGUGCUUCAAGUCAUCAACUUUUGUGCUCAUGGCAGCUCCAUACCAGCACAAAGGACCAUCUUGGAGGAUGAUUUGGAAGAGACGACUACUUGUGCUCGAGCGGUGUGUGAUGCAGACAACAUCUUGCAGCUUCUUGGGACAGCAUGCAGGCAUCCCUUCUGUCAAGAGAAGAUAUCAGUGAAGCAAACGUAUGUUGGUGGCACACUUUGUUUACAAUGGCAUUGCAGAAAUCGUCAUGAAGGCUCAUGGAGUAGCUCUAAGCGUUGCAAGGGAAGAAAGUCAUAUCCCUUCUUCACCAACGACCUGCUUUUUGCUUCCUCAAUAGUUCUCUCUGGCAACCAGUUUGCAAAGAUUGAGCUCAUGUGCUGUUUCUUGGGGUUGAAGUUCCAGUCACAAUCAACAUUCUAUCGAAUUCAAAGACUCUACAUUUGUCCCUCAGUUUUUGAACUUUGGUCGGAGACCAGGGAGACAAAUCUUGCUGACAUUGCAACUGCCCUGUUGUCCUAG